AUGAGUAACACUCAAUUCAACGCAGCUUUCGAGGCAUCUGGAAUGCCCACAUCUACGACUGUUGCAGGCGAUUGUCCAAUCUGCUGUGAGGAAGGAAAACAACCCUCGCCCGUCCUGUCCUGUCUGCGGAGCAGAGAUUUCUUGCAGGUCCUUAAGUCUCUCAUCCCAGCUGGGCUCUAUGAACGAAUGUAUAACAACUUCUAUGUUGUAUGGGCGACCGCCGGUGCCGAACGCCUUUGGUGUGCAGACACAGACUGGGCUAUGUUCAUCCCUCCAUCUCACGAAUCAUCUUUAAGAGGUGGCCGCCAAUGCUUUUGCGGUAAGUUUGCCUGCUUGACCUGCAAAAAGCUUGCCCAUGAUGGUGCCUGUACCGAAGACCAGGAGCUUCAAGACGCUAUCGACACCGCCAAAGCCAACGGUGACUCUCACGCCGAUGCGGAAAGAGUUCAACAAGAAAUCGACGAGGAACAGGAAGCCCAAUUGGAAGCCCGAUUUGGUCACAGAGAUGCUGAAGCGAACGAACUGUUCGAGCGCGCCGGACGCCCUUUAGCUCGCCAGGUUCUCGCCGGGGCGCACGUCUUCCUCAUCAUGCUCAGAGAGUACAUGGCGAGGCUCAGUGAGACCGAUGUCGACGAUAUUUGUGCGAUACUUUCAGCUACGCUUGAAGGCAUCCACGACAUUGACGCCCCAUCACUCCACAUUGGCCGACAACUCUCGAAUCAGGAAUUUGAACCUGUCAACAUGCCAUUUGGUUUUGUCUACAAUAUAAGUCAGGACGUGAUUGGCAACCUCUUCAACAACCAUUUUCGCUCGUUCAGAUCGCAGGAGUUCCUUGAUUAUGAGCUUGAGGCUACAAGAUUACUGUUUGUUCUCUAUGGUGAAAAUGAAUCUGAUGAUAACGAGCUACGUGAGGAGAUAAGAGAAAGACUGGCAAGGUUCGGUACUACCUAA